CCUGGUCCCUGCCAUGCUCUAGGCAAUCCUCUCUGGGCUUCCUCAGCUCUUACCUCAGAGGGUCAAGAUGCUAUAUCUGCUUCCUAUUCUUCUCGAGAACAACUCUUAAGUCGUACACUAGGGGGAUUCCUGACAAAAGCUCAGCUAGCCGGGUCGUUGUGUAGGCACACCGGCCCUCCUCAGCACGUGUUCAGUCGCUCUGAGGGAAAGCCCGACCCCUCCUGAGCGGUGUGUGGGAGGCUGCAGCGGCAAGGCGGGAAAACCUCUCCGUUUCUGCCGCCCAGACGCUGUAUUAGAAGCACUUUUCUGCUAUAUUGCAGAAAAGCGUGUGAGAUUUGUGCUUUUACCCUCUGUGCGCUGAACAAAUUGGUUUGGGGCGAUGGACUGACGUGGUUUGGCAGACAUUUUGUGUGACUUGUUUUUUUGUGGAAACACCAGAGGAUUGCAAACGGUUUUAUGGGGGAAAUAUGCUGAGGAUAGUUUUAAAAUCUACCUUCCCUCCCCACACGCAGGGAGGAUUGAUGUUUCCUUUAGAAAGUGAGGAGCUGCCUGAAUAUGAAUUUCUUUCCACAGUCACAGCCUGAACUCCCUGAAGCCAUCUUGCUGUAAGUCCUUGUAGCGUUCUGCAAUGGGGCUGUGCGUGUCCUGGCUCGUUACCACACGCAGCAAAGUACAAAUGGCAGUAUCAUUGCAUGGUAGUAGAGCUCCUGCCCUUGUGGAAUUGCCACUGUUGCUGCUUCAAGCAUGUCGUGAUUCCAGAAGGACAAGAAACCAUGGCCACUAUGUCUGCAGCACCUGGGGGAACAACCAUUUCAAAACAUUUGAUGGAGAUAUCUAUCAAUUUCCUGGCACGUGCGAGUAUAACUUUGUUUCUGACUGCCAAGACUCUUACAGGGAGUUCUCUGUCCACAUUCAGCGUGCUCUGAACAGCAAUAACCACCCUGAGAUCCAGUAUAUCCUGGUAACAGUCACGGAUUUCACGGUGUACCUCAAGCCUGAUCUGGCUGUUGUGGAUGGGCGGAUUGUCAAGACACCUUACUACAGCUCUUCUUUGCUCAUUGAGAACAAUGGCGUUUAUAUGAAGGUUUAUGCCAAAGUAGGUCUAAUCCUCAUAUGGAAUCAGGAAGAUGCACUGAUGGUGGAGCUGGACAGCAAGUUUGGUAACCAGACAUGUGGUCUUUGCGGGGAUUACAAUGGAGUUCCUAUCUACAAUGAGUUUAUUAGUGGAGUUGCAAGCUACAAUUCAAUUACGUAUGGGAAUUUACAGAAGAUAAGCAAACCCAAUGAUGAAUGUGAAGACCCUGAUGAAACUCAGGCUCUCCCAAGUUGUACUGAGCAUCGUGAUGAAUGUGAGAAGCUGCUGACCUCCUCUGCAUUUACUGAUUGUCACUCACUCCUUAAUCUGGAAACGUACAUCCAAGCCUGCAUGCAGGACAAGUGUUCAUGUGAAGGAAAUGAGGACUCCUUCUGCCUCUGCAGCACCAUCUCUGAGUAUUCUCGCCAGUGUUCACAUGCAGGUGGCCGGCCGGGUGAAUGGAGGACAGAGAACUUUUGCUACAAGACAUGUCCUGGCAACAUGGUCUAUAGAGAAAGCAGCUCACCCUGCAUGGAUACUUGCUCACACUUGGAAAUCAGCAGCCUAUGUGAGGAACAUUACAUGGAUGGCUGUUUCUGCCCUGAAGGAACUGUGUAUGAUGAUAUCAAUGAAAAUGGCUGCGUACCUGUUAGCGAGUGCUACUGCAAACUCCAUGGAAAGGGGUAUUCACCUGGAGAAACCAUUAGCAAUGAGUGUGAAGAAUGCACCUGUGAUUCAGGCAGAUGGACGUGCCAAGAUUUACCCUGUCCAGGCACAUGUUCAGUGGAAGGAGGUUCCCAUAUUACAACCUUUGAUGGGAAGAAAUACACCUUCCAUGGAGACUGUUACUAUGUGUUGGCCAAGAGUGCUGUGAAUAAUACUGAUGCCCUCCUGGCAGAGCUGGCUCCUUGUGGCUCUACAGACGGACAGACCUGUUUGAAGACUGUUGUGCUGCUAGCAGAUGACAAAAAAAAUGUGGUGGUUUUCAGAUCGGAUGGCAGUGUGUCACUGAAUGAGAUGACAGUGAAUGUGCCUCAUGUGUCAGCUAGCUUCUCAGUUUUCAAGCCAUCUUCUUACUACCUCGUUGUACAUACUUCUUUUGGGCUUCAACUGCAGAUUCAGUUGUCUCCAGUCAUGCAACUCUUUGUGACAGCAAAUCAGACAGUCCAGGACCUUCAAGGUCUUUGUGGAAAUUUUAAUGGAAUGGAAGGUGAUGACUUUAAAACAACCAGUGGGUUGGUAGAAGCUACAGGAUCUGCCUUUGCUAACACAUGGAAAGCUCAGUCCACCUGUGCAGACCAAGAAGAAAAUCUGGAAGACCCCUGCAGUCUCAGCAUUGAAAGUGCAAAUUAUGCUGAGCAUUGGUGUUCUUUGCUGAAAAACUCAGAGGGCCCAUUUGCAAGUUGUCACUCAGUCAUUGAUCCUGCAGAAUACUACAAGAGAUGUAAAUAUGAUACCUGCCUCUGCAAGGACAGUGAGGAGUGCUUGUGUGCUGCCCUGUCCUCUUAUUCAAGAGCUUGUGCUUUCAAAGGGAUCAUACUGGGUGGCUGGAGACAAAGUGUCUGCUCUGCUGAAGUGUCCUCUUGCCCAGGAAAUCAAGUCUUCCUCUAUAAUCUUACAAUGUGCCAGCAAACCUGUCGUUCCGUUGCUGAUGGUGAAAAGUACUGCUUGCAAGACUUUGCUCCUGUGGAUGGCUGUGGCUGCCCAGAUGAUACAUACUUGGAUAAUGAGGAUACGUGUGUGCCCAUCUCCAAAUGCCCAUGCUAUUACAAGGGGUCGUAUCUGGAACCUGGGGAUUACGUUGUAAAAGAUGGAGAGCGUUGCGUUUGCCGAAAUGCAAAGGUCCAAUGUACUUCAGUGACAACGACAAUGAAAAGUGUAACAGAAUGUUCUUCAAACAAAACCUACUUUGAUUGCAACACAUCCCCAGACUGGACUUCACAAACACCUGUACAACUUCGCUGUGGUGCUUCUCAAACUGAUCUUUAUCAAAGUGAAUGUGUCUCAGGCUGCGUGUGUCCUGAAGGUCUGUUUGAUGAUGGUAGAGGGGGCUGUGUUGUGGAAGAAGACUGCCCAUGUAUUCAUAACAACGACUGGUAUAACCACGGACAGAGCAUAUCAGUGGACUGCAACACCUGUACCUGCCAGAAAGGUAUCUGGAGCUGCACUGAAAACGUGUGCUAUGGGACUUGCAUGAUAUAUGGAAGUGGCCAUUAUAUCACCUUUGAUGGAAAAUUCUAUGACUUUGAUGGAAGUUGUGAAUAUGUGGCUACUCAGGAUUAUUGUGGUGACAAAAAUUCUGGUGGCUCAUUCAGUAUCAUCACAGAGAACGUUCCUUGUGGAACUACAGGAGUCACCUGCUCAAAGGCCAUUAAAAUGUUUAUAGGGAAAACUGAACUGAAGUUGGAGAACAAGGAUUAUAAAGAAAUUCAGCGAGAUGUUGGUGAUGAUGUGUAUUACCAGAACAAGACAGUAGGUCUCUACCUUGUUAUUGAAGCUAGCAAUGGUGUGAUGCUUAUCUGGGAUAAGAAGACCACCGUUUUCAUCAAACUGACUCCUGCCUAUAAAGGGAAAGUGUGUGGUCUGUGUGGCAACUUUGAUGACAAGUCCAACAACGACUUUACAAGCAGGAGUGGGCUGCAAGAGACAAGUGCUUUGGAGUUUGGGAAUUCCUGGAAACAGUCAUCUGUGUGCCCUGAUGUCACAGAAGAGAUUAAACCCUGUGAUCUGAAACCACAUCGCAAGUCCUGGGCAGAGAAAGAAUGCAGCCUUAUCCUGAGUGAAAUCUUCAAAAUUUGUCAUUCCAAGGUGAACCCCUCUCCUUUCUAUGAUGCUUGUGUUCAUGAUGCUUGCUCUUGUGACAGCGGUGGAGACUGUGAUUGCUUCUGUUCUGCUGUUGCUGCAUAUGCACAAGAAUGUACCAAGGCUCAGGCCUGUGUUUUCUGGAGAAGUCCGGAUAUAUGCCCAAUAUUUUGUGACUACUAUAAUCCUCGUAAUGAGUGCGAAUGGCACUACGAGCCUUGUGGCAGCAAUGUCAUGACCUGCAGAAUGAUUUAUAAUGUCAGCACCAACUUCUCAGUUCCGUACCUGGAAGGUUGCUAUCCCAGAUGCCCUCAUGAAAAGCCCAUUUAUAAUGAAGAGACAAAAGAAUGUGUGGCUGCAGAUGAAUGCUGGUGUUACCACAACGGUAAUCCUGUUAUCAUUGGUGGAGAAAUACCAACAGAAGAGAACUGUACAAAAUGUAUCUGUCGCCCCUCAGGAUCCAUUGAAUGUUCACCAAUUCCAGGAUGUCCUUGUGUUAUCAAUGGAACAAGUUAUGAUGUGGGAGAAACUGUUGCAACAAUAAAGGAUGGCGACAUAUGCACAAUAUAUGUUUGUGCAGAAAAUGGAUCUGUAAUUGCUGGAGGUUCUUAUCCUUGUCCAUUAACUACCUCACCUUCAACCAUUACAACCUCUCCUGGUACAAGUACUAUUACCACCAUAGUUACCACAAGUCCUCCAGUAACUACAACUCCAUGCCUUGGAUUAAUCUGUGAUUGGUCUGAGUGGUUUGAUGUUAGUAACCCUGAAGAAGAUGGUGGUGACUAUGAAACCUAUGAAGAAAUAAGAAAAGAACAUGGAAACAAAAUAUGUACAGCUCCUGAAAAUAUUGAAUGCAGGGCUAAAGACAGUCCUGAUAAAACCUUAGAGGAACUUGGGCAAAAAGUGGAAUGUAAUGUUACGUAUGGACUCAUCUGUAAAAAUGAGGAGCAAGAUUCAAGUAUAUGGCAUCUUUGCUAUAAUUAUGAAAUCAGAGUGAACUGUUGUGAAUGGCAUGAAAUUCCUUGUGGGACUGCAAGUACACCGAGUUCAACACCAACUGCAUCUUCAGUCACCACUGGAACAACUGUGCCCACUACUACAACCCGGCAGUCAACGACAAUUACCACCACACCAACACCCACUGCAACUACCACAAGCCAACCCACAUCUUCAGUAACCACACCAGUAACUUCAGCCUCCACAGUAUCAACUGCUGCUCCCACGCCAACUCCAUCAGAGUCUCCAACCAGUACUGCCACCACGACACCCUUCAGCAGCAGCACCCAGGGAACUACUCCGACUGUUCCUGGCGUAUCCUCAUCCACUCCGACAGUUACAAGCACAGUCCCACCAACAAUAGUAACUCAAACCCACUCUCCUCCGCCUUCACUGCCAGCGACAAAUUGUGAAUGCAUCUGGACGGACUGGAUCGAUUCAAGUCAACCAGACAGAUCUGAUGUGAACAGCGGAGACUAUGAAAUAAUUGACAAAAUUAACAACUCCUCCUUGGUAUGCGUGAAAGCUGAGAACAUUACAUGCAGAGCAAAGGAUUACCCUAACAUUUCCCUUGAAGAGUUAGGGCAGAAGGUUGAAUGCAGUGUAAACACAGGGCUCAUAUGUAACAAUAAGGAUCAAGAAAACAACAGCAAUAUUUCAUACUGCCAUAACUAUGAGAUAAGUAUCUGCUGCACACCAAACAAACCAGAGUGUAUACCAACUCCGGAAUUUACCACGGCAAUCAGCACAACAGUAUCACACUCUACCACUACGACCAUAGUUUUCACUUCAACUGUGUCAAGCACAACUGCCCCGCCCACACCAACCACGUCUGCCCCCACUACCACCUCUGGCACGACGCUCUCCAGCAGCACCGCCAGCAGCACCGUGAGCACCACUCCUAUUACUAGCUGGUCCACAUCCGGCCCGACUUCAGUCAGCACAUCCACACCCAGGCCAACACCCACCACCUCCCUAACACCUCCACCCACGACAACGGAAGGAACUUCUUCGUACAGCACUACGGGUUCUUUUAGCAGCGAAGGUACGACCACAGUGUCUGAGAGCUCUUCAACAGCUUCAGUUUCUACACCCAUUAGUACACAGACUACAGCAGCAUCCUCUCCAUUGUUGACUCCAUCUGGCAGUAUGUCACCAACUUCAGUUUCAACAGUUCCAUCAACAGUCACAACAUCUGGAACAACUCCUACGAAACCCUUUACCACCACUUCAGGAACAACCUCUAGUUCUUCUAGUACUGUCACUGCAACCUCCAUUACCACCUCAGAAAUUGUUUCUUCUGGUUCAGCAACUACUUCUGGGACAACUCCUAUAUCAAGUACAGUCAGCGUUUCAGGAAGCUCUACAUACAGUACAGUUACUACACUCAGUACUUUAAGUUCAACUACCAGUGCCAGCUCUAAUUGUACGAUUUCACCUGAUGAAUCUUAUGCGCCAGGCGAGUCGUGGUGGCUGUGUAACUGCACCAAGGCUAUAUGUGUAGAAAACAAUACUGUUGUGAUUGUUCCAGUAAUCUGUGAGCCACCUCCUAAACCCACCUGUUCCAAUGGGCUCGCUCCUGUGCAAGUCAUUGAUGAUGAUCAGUGCUGUUGGCAUUGGGAGUGUGAUUGUUACUGCACUGGCUGGGGAGACCCACAUUAUUUGACUUUUGAUGGAUUGUACUACAGCUAUCAAGGGAAUUGCACAUAUGUUCUUGUGGAAGAGAUUGAAAAAACAGUUGACAACUUUGGUAUCUACAUCGAUAACUACCAUUGUGACGCAGAAGAUGUAGUUUCCUGUCCACGAGCGCUCAUUGUGAGACAUGAGACUCAGGAAGUGCGCAUUGAAACAGUGAAACCAAAUACCCUGGAAGUAGAGGUGACUGUAAAUAAACAGGCUGUGGCUUUGCCUUAUAAGAAAUUUGGCUUGAAGAUCUAUGAGUCAGGCAUAAAUAGUGUAGUGGAAAUUCCUGAGCUUAAAAUGAAUGUGACCUUCAAUGGCUUGACAUUUUCUAUCAGAAUGCCCUACAGCCUGUUUGGAAACAACACUCAAGGACAGUGUGGCACUUGCAGUAACAACACAGCAGAUGACUGCAGGUUGCCAAAUGGAAAUAUUGCAGAAAACUGUGAAACCAUGGCAGAUUACUGGCAAGUUGUUGAUCCGUCCAAACCACAGUGCUCUCCAGGCCUAACUCCUACAAAAGCACCUAGCACAACAACAGGGAAGCCUUGCAAAGAAUCUUCCCUCUGUGAGCUUCUUUGGGGAAGUGUGUUUGAGAAGUGCCACGGAGUUGUUAAUCCUGAUAAGUACUACGCAGCUUGUGUUUUUGAUAGCUGUAUGCUUCCCGACUUGGACCUGGAAUGCUCAAGUCUGCAGAUCUAUGCAGCUGUCUGUGCCGAUCAAAAUGUUUGCAUUGACUGGAGAAGUCAUACCAACGGUGUUUGCUCUUAUGAAUGUUCCAAACAUAAGGAAUAUAGAGCAUGUGGUCCUAUUCAAGAGACAACCUGCAAAUCAAGUACACAGAAUGAAACUUCAGUUAAACAAGUGGAAGGCUGUUUCUGUCCUGAUGGUACAAUGCUGUAUGACUCUGGUGUGGAUGUCUGUGUAAAUACCUGUGGUUGUGUUGGAUUGGAUCUGAUACCAAGAGAGUUUGGAGAAGAGUUUGUAGUAGACUGCCAGGACUGUGUUUGCCUGGAAGGUGGAAAUGGCAUUGUAUGUGAACCUCACGAAUGUCCUGAACAAAAUAUCAGGAGUUGUUCUGGGAAAGGCUUCUAUGAAGUCACUGAAGUCAACUCUGAAGAUUCCUGCUGCCCCAUUGUCACUUGCAAAUGCAACACAAGUUUGUGCACAACUGAACCCCCCAAGUGUACGCUGGGAUUUGAAGUUCAGUCUUAUAUUCCCAGUGAUGAGUGCUGUCCUGUGUACCAGUGUGUUCCCAAGAAUGUUUGUGUACAUCAGAAUGCUGAGUUCUUGCCUAAUUCCUCAGUCUUUGUUGAUAAGUGUCACGAUUGCUUCUGCACUAAUGAAGUUAACAUCAGCACUCAACUGAAUGUCAUCUCCUGUGAACACAUUCCAUGCAACACAUACUGUGAACCAGGAUAUGAACUGAAAGAAGUAGAAGGUGAAUGUUGUGGAAAAUGUGUGCAGACAAAGUGUAUUAUACAUACAUCACAUGGUUCCAGUCUCAUAUUGAAUCCUGGAGAGUUUACAAGUGAUCCUUACAACAACUGCACCAUUUACAGUUGUACAGAUCUCAAGAACCAGCUUAUCUCUUCCACAUCUGAAAUUAUGUGUCCUGCAUUCAGUGAGGAGAGCUGCAAACCUGGAACUGUUACACUCUUACCUAAUGGUUGUUGCAAAACCUGUGUACCUCUGGAUAGCCCCACACCAUGCUUUGUCCGUGAGAGAGAAGACUUCAUUGUCUAUAAGAACUGCCGUUCUCUGGAGAGAGUUGUCCUGACUGAAUGUGAAGGAACAUGUGAAACUUUUUCACUGUACUCUGUUGAGGCCAGUUCUAUGGAGCACAGUUGUUCCUGCUGCAAGGAAGUAGAAACUAGCAUGAAGGAAGUGGAACUGCAGUGUCCCUCUGGGAAGACAAUUACACAUAAAUAUGUGUAUGUCGAAAGCUGUGGCUGUCAGGACACUCAGUGCGUAGUCUCCGAAUCUAGUGAGUCUCAAAGCACAGAAGAAAAUGAUGAGAGCACUCGAAAUCACAGGAGAAGAGCCAUCAGCUUAACAUGAAAAUGAAGCAGAAAAAAGCUAACAGCACUCAAGUAAAGGAACUAUGCACCACUCUGAUCUUCCUUGACAGUUUUUGAACUUAGCUUUUCCCCCUACUGUAUCCUGUAUGUUCUCUAGUUAUUUUGAACAAUGCUCUAUUUAUUUGUGUACAAAAUUACACUGAACUUUCUUCCAAGUUGCAUACCCCUCUGGAUCAUUUUAUAAUCAACUUAUUUUCUCUGAAUGAUUAAAAAGCACAUUUAAAAAACAAUGGGUUUUGUGCUUAUUCAUAUACCACCUAGAUGAGCUUGGGUUUUAAAAGAGGAGGAAAGUUUUUGUAUUUUUUUUUUUCAAGUCAGAGGAAGUUUGUUGAUUUAUUUCUCAAACUUUUGCAGUAUCAAUUUUGCAUUUCACUAAAAACUGAACUAUUAGAAGAUCUUGCCUGGAGGAUACUGUCUGGGGCCAAAAAUUGAUUAUGCCUGCUGAAUCUGAAAAAGAAUAAUGCAUCAUAAAAUGAUUCAAGUGACUCUGAGAAACUUUCAAUCAAGUUUGGCACCAGGUCUCAUUUUAGCAUUGUUAGAACAGUCUCAGUUCACAGUUUUCAAAAGAUAGCAGUCCUU